AGAGCAGCGAUUUUCAGAGAAAUUCAAAUUGAAUGUGGUAUUAUAGAAGGUAAAAAAAUCCAUUGCAUGCAGUUAAGAGAGUAAGCACAACUCGGUGGAGUUCUCAUUCGGCAGCAUUAAAUGUAGUUUUGAAAUUCCACAAUGCAGUUUUAAAAACAUUAAACCAAAUUAAAGAUUCUGAAGGAUCUGCUGAUGUAGUAGUUGGUGCAAAUUGUAGUGGUUUGAUAUCAUACCUUACAUCCCAACGUUUUCUUCUAACAUCAUUAGUAUUCAAAACUAUAUUUGAUAUACUUGAACCUGUCACCCGCCAAUUGCAAUCACAAGAUAUGGAUAUGCUUAUGGCCACAAAUAUUUUAAAUAAUGUGAUUAACCAAGUCAAAGAACUUAGAAAUGAUAGUUCAUUUAAAAGAAUACUAAAAAUGGCUGAUGAGUUUGCUGAAAAUAGUGUUGUUGACUUUUUACCUCUUGUAUCUAGCCGACCGAAACGUGUUCCAAAAAAAUCAGGUGAACUUUGUCGGGAUGAAAUUAUACCAUGUCCUAUGAAAAAAUUUAAAAUUGAUACAUACAAUGUCGUAGUGGAUAUUCUUUUAGCAGAGCUAAUUGGACGUUUUGAAAGCACUAAUAUAGGGCCCUUAAAAGACUUAUCCCUUCUUUCAUCUAGACGUAUUCGAGAAGUUCAAAAUAAUCCACACAUAGUACCUUGUGAUGCCUUUGAAGCUUUGUGUACCAUGUAUACACAAAUCGAUAAAAACGCAUUAUUGACAGAAUAUAUUGAAUUUUGUAAAAAUUUUACAGAAAUAGAAAACAGUAUUGUACUUCCUAAGUAUCUCAACAAAAAUGUAAUAGUUGAUUAUGAAGAAUCGCUAGAGUUAAACGCAUAUGGUUACGAUAGUAUGGAAGAAGAUUCUGUAAAAAUUAUUAGUCAUAACAUAGCUAGUACAAGGGAAUUAUUUAAGUUAUUUUGUUUGGCUAAAUUGGCUAAUAUUUUUCCAAAUUUAUACUUAGUUUUAAAAUUAUCUAUAACAUUACCUGUAACAAGCUGUAGCGUAGAGCGAACAUUUUCUAAAUUAAAACUCAUAAAAACGAAGUUAAGAACAACUAUGUCACAAGAUCGUCUCGAGAGUUUAAUGAAAAUAUCAUGUGAGCAAGAUAUAAUUAUUAAUAAUGAAAAUGUAAUUUUGUUAUUUGCAGCUAAAAGUAGUGUUCUAACUAAAUGUUUGAUUUAUUAGAUAAUAGAUUUAUUAGUAUAUAUUUAAUACCUAU